AGCCCUGGAAGGAUAAAUGGGGUUUUUAAGCACAGCUUCAGGUGUGGCUGGAUCCAGCGGCUCCAUUGAUGCCAUCUGGACCCCUGUCUGUCUCUGGGUUCCUCGGGCUCCACUCCCCACAGCAUGACAAAGACAGCUUGAGACCCCCCAGCUCAGCAUCUCUUAUGGAAGAGGGACUCUGUCCUGGCCAGCCCAGGUCACAUGCCACCUCUUGGACACCAGACGUCCAAACACAAGGGCAGAUGACUGGGGCAGUGGUCUGCAAACCACAGCUGUCCACCGAAGGUGUUGACCAUGAACCAGACCCAGACUCCCCGAGCAUCCACUUGGUCCAUUUUAUCCCGUCCUGGGUCCCAGGAGUGAGUCUGUCCUACAGAGGAGGAAAGUCGCCUGCCUAACCCCUGCCCCCCACCUCCCGGGUGCUGCCGAGAUGAGACUCGGAUUGGGGCGCUCACCCCAAAGCCUGAGAGACAACCCCGAGUUCUCCCUCGGGCAUUAGGAUUCCAACUGCCAGAUGGGAAGCCCUCCUCACCCCCGAGCAAAGGCUCGCCUGCCCGCUGCCCCUCCUGUUUGGGGUCGACAUUGGAGGUGAAGCGUCCUGACCUGGAGCGCUCGUGGGGUAGUGAGAAGAGCCGAAAUCCAUGGGACAGGACAGAGCCUGUUUGUUCUGGAGAUGGGUCUUAACUGGGGCAAAGAGCAUUUGUACCCCGAGCAAACGUAAACUCUGUCUACAAUCAGAACGCACGCCGUGGGAGCAAUUAAGUGUGUAGCUGGACACCGAUUCUGUGGGCCCCCCCGCAGGGGCACCCCAGGGCCCCCGGGCGAGGCCCCUGGAGGCUUCUCUCGCCGCUCCUGGGUGCCAGGCUGCAUGGAGACCGUGGAACAGAGGACCUGAGGCCGAGGGAAGGGCACAAGGAACGUGGGGCUCAGGGUCCCUCCGACCACUCCAGCCCUGCUCCGGUCCCUGAUGGCUCAGAAGCUGACAGCGCCUCCCACCACGCACCCUCCCCCGCCCCGGCUGUAGGGAAUGCUCACGGCCACUGCCAGGCCACGAGGCCCCCCAGUUGGACCAAGGAUCUUGGUCCACUGGCUCCGCCCGACCGACAUGCUCCCAGCCCACCCAGAACCCAGAGCCUUCCUGACCUGAAGACCUUGAGGACCCUGGGCCCCAGGGGUGAACGCCCCCCUGUGAGAGGGGUGUGGCUGCAGGGGGGGGUGCCAGAGAGCCAGCGGAUCGUGGGACAGAAGAUGGGAAAGAUGCCGUGGGCCGGCUCAGAAGGUCUCCCACUACUCACGCGUUCGUCCACGUGCUGAGUGUCCAGGCCGUGUCAGGUGCUGCGGCCCCCCAGACACACUGUCACCCCGACUCCUGUCCUCAGGCGCGAGUCCUGAUCCAGUGGGGUAAACCAUGUUCGAAGAAACCUUCCGGAAAUACUACAGUUCCUGCCCCUCACGGUGUGCCUAGCUGUCGGGGGAGGGAGACGGCAGAAGAGGAGCCCUGGGGGGCUGGGCCCCCCCGAUGUGCCUCCACCCCAAAGGCAGGCCCGCGGGUCCGAGAUGUCCCCCUGGGGUUCUAACCACAGAGAAAAGAAACGCCCCUUUCAUUUCAAACGCGGCCUCUGCUGGGGGGGUAGGCAACGGGACUGUAUGCUUGUUCGUGCGUUUGAACUUUUACAACGCGGGGGGGCGGUUUCCAUUUCUUUUGUGUAAAAAAAAUGUAGCUGGUAAGUACAAACAUGUUUGUUUUUCCUCAGUUGGUGUUGAAGUGAAAAAAAGGGACUUUGCAGAGAGACGAAGCUUAGCAGCUGGGGAGGCCCAGGCCCUCCGACGGCUGACGGUGCGGCCCUGCCCUAGGGCACUCUGCCUCAGUUUCCCCUCUUGAGAAGCCGAGGCCGUCCCUGGCUUGCCAAGAUCAGGAGGAGGAUGCCCACUCGGAGGCUGUGUUUGGCUGUGGCCGUCCCUGAGUCUCUGCCCGCUGGGUCCCUGGCCGUGACCUGCAUGGCUCUGGGGUCACGGCCCUCCUGCUGCACCUGAGCGGAGGGCCUGUCCCGCCCGGAGGGGUCCAGGUGGUAACCGGGCCCUGGGCUCUGGGCUAAAGGAGCUGGGGCCUCCUGCUGGGGUGGGGCGGGCAGGCUGGCCCCUUGGACGCGGUGCUGGCCAGGACUGAGCUCGCCACACCUCAUGGCACCUUCCUUCCUCAGGGCCUCUUGGGACCGGGGCCAAGAUGGCUGUCAGCACAGGGCCCAGCUCAGGGGGCAAUCUGCGGUGGGGAAGGCGGCAGGUGCCUCUGGGAGGUGGGCUGGUCAGAGCCUCAGGCCAUGCCUCGGGUUCCUGGGGUUCCCACGGGGUCCUUGGUAGCUGGUGCCUUUCUUGGCUGGGCGAGGGGGGAGGAGCACCCACAGCACAGCCCCACCGUCGCUGAGUCCUGCAGGCCCUGUUCCGGAACCCGCCCCAGCUCGGCCACCCCUGCGGCAUGCGGCCCUGAGCACAGGCCUGUUUGGACCCCUCUCGGGGAGGGGAUCUCAGAACGCCGUGACUGCUCGGCCAAGGCCAGCAGCUGUGAGCAGAGCCCGGCCCCUCCACAGGAGCCGCCUCCCUGCUGUCCACAGUCUCCCUGGAACCAAAACUCCAUGCCUCUCGCACGAGAGGAUAAGCCCACUGAGGAGAGGGCAAGAUGAGGCUUGAGGGGCUCCACGUUCCUGCGAGGAAGAGGCACACGGAGGAGACCGGCCGCUCAGACGAGCCAGGACCUGGUGCACUCCUCACGGCUCCCUGGAGCAUGGAGACCAGAAACGUCCGCCUCUCAAUCCCUCAGGCCAGCUCUGUCCUUUCCUUGCAAGGGUCGGGCCCGGGCUCGGACAGAGCAGGACGGACGGACGGACGGACCGGGCAGCUCAGCCACGAAGCUCUCCCAUGCAUUUCUUCCCUGUGUUUCCUGGAAAGCCUGGAGCGCCUGCCUCAGCAACGGGACCGGGCCGUCCUCUCUCGGGCCUCCCCGCGGCCUGAGGCCGGAUGAUCGGGCACCGCAGAGGUGGACACAGAGCGGUGCUCUCCCUGCUCGCUGGCGGUGAGGCCAGCCCUCUGACGUCCGGCAUCGAGGUGCCUGUUUCAGCUAAAGAGGGAGCAGCUCUGUCCACGUGCCCCUGGGGGGGCAGGGCGGCAGGGGACCAAGACCCUCUGGCCUCUCCACCUUCCUGGGACACCCCUGCAGCCGCCUACAAAGGACCCCUGGACAGAAGUCAUGGGAGGAGGGCCCGCCGCGCUCCAGGCUGACCUCGUCUCAACGCGAUCACAUCUGCGAGGGCCUCGUGGCAGGCAGAACCACACAGCAAGGGAGGCCUGCGUGCAGACAGGAGCGAAGUCACCCGGAUUUCCACUGAAGGACCCGCCACGGGCCUGCGGCUCACCAGGCAGUCACCAAUUCCUUGUGGCAUCUUCAGUGGGCGAUGAGUCCCCACGGGAGAAGGGAGGGAGGGAGAGGACAGUGAAGGAGGGAGGGCAGGGAACUGCCUGCCAGAGCGUUCUUCCCCAGGUCCCUGCACAGCCUGCCCCUCCUUCCCUGGACCUCUGCUCCUGGGUCACCUCCUCGCACAAGCCUCCUGUACUGACCCCGCCCGAACGGGACUCUGGCACUGUGCCUCCCUGCCCCACACACUCCGGCCUAGCGUCCUCUCUUCUCCUCCCUGGAGCUCAAGCACCACCCGGAGAGCCUCCGAGAAGGGAAGCUCUCGGUUCCUGUCCCGCACCAGCGCCAAGCACAGCGGGAAGGUGCCCCACAGACACACUCAAGUCUGGGAAACCCAUCCCACUGCAUGCAGAACCCAGCGACCUCCUCCACACCCCUGCUCAAAUCCCUCCAGCAGCUCCCCCUGCCCGGGCUGGGUCAGCUCAGGUGGCCAUUCAGCACGGAACCAGGUGUAUUAACAGCUGGGUGAGGGGCCCAGCUCCACAGACAGACAGACGGCGGGGCGGACAGGCAGGCAGGCAGGCAGGCUGCGGCAGCCUAGGACGAGGCACAUGGCAUCAGGUUCCCUGGGACCCUCAGGGCCUCGGCAGCAGGGCCGUGGGAGGAACGGAGCUCUUGGAGCUCCUGCCCGGGCUGGCCGGCGGAGCAGGGACACCUGCGUGUUCUUCCCUCGCAUUAACUCCGAGGCUCGUUGUCCUAAGUGGGAAACUGCCGUUAGCACAGCCACGCUCCUGACCCCCACUCUGGCAAAGAGGCCAGAUAGCCCCCGUGAGUGAGGGCCUCCGGGGAGCACUUGGGGUGUCACCUGUGGGAGUGUCACCUGCAGGGGCAGUGGCCCACCUCCCCUGGCACCCGAACGUGCCCUGGCUCAGAGGGACUUCCCAGCUUGCCGACAGGUGGGCAAGACAAGGGGAGCCACCCCCCUCUUUGCACGCUCACCCUGCACCGGCAGAGCCCCCUCACCCCUCCCCAGCCCUGACCUCCGGGAACCAGCAUUCCUUCCAUGGAGGGGAGCCAGUGAGUGACAAUACCAGUGAGUCCCUCCCUGCCCAGCCUCACGGGGCAGCCAGGGGCACAAGGUGCCACACGGUGGGUGCCCAGCCCACACACGGCCCCCACCCCCGCAGGGCAACGGCAUGAAUGCAAGUCAGAGCCCGGUGGCUCAGCCCAGCACCAGUGUCCUGGACCACCAGGUUGGGCAGUGGCCCUGGGCGCCCGUGUCCAAGUCCUGGUCGCUGCAAGGGGCCCUACUCCCGUUAGGGCAGCUGGCCUGCACAUCCCGGAGAGCAUGCCCGAGGGAUGGCCAGCUGAUUUCCCCUCCGGUGGCUGAGGCACCGCAGACCCAGGCUGGGGCGGGUGAGGAGCCCUCACCUCCAGCUGGGCCAAUGCACUCUCGGCCACAUGAAAGACUUGACUUUCCUUGCUGAUUUUUGAGAAUUAUUGCACCAAAUGUUUACCAGUGAAAUGCCCAUUGUGAUGAUAACGAGGCUGAGAAGCCAAGAGAAAGAGCCCAGGGCGGGAGAGAGGGAGGUUACAGAACCCCCUUUCUGGGCGCAGAGCUCCAAUCCCAGGCGCGACCCGCUGGAAUUUGCCACCAAAGUGCCUGUUUUUAUUUAAAUGGCCCAGAGCGAGUCUCCGACUAAACUAACAUUCCCAGGCCAACAUGCAGCAGCGCCUCUGGGUUUUGGCACAUUUUUCCCUUAGCUGUCAAGGAAGAAAUAGAGAAGAAUUCUGGUCUUACUUAAGGAUGGUGGGGUUUUUUUUCCCUUCCCCUUGGAGACAUGGAAAUAACUCACAGAUGUGCCCUACCUGCUAACGUCUGUGCUCGGGUUUGCUUCAGGAACACAAGUCCCUGGGCGCCCUGUAACCCAAACCCCAAUCUCCAGCCCCACUUGCUUUGUAACAGGGGGCCUGGGGAAGUGUGGGGGAGGACGGAAGUUCUAAACAUGUUUAAAUGUGUCAGGAGCAAAUGGAGGGAGCCCAGGCCGCCCUGAGAAACAGGCCGAGGCCAGGGAUGGCGGAGCCCCACCUGGGCCCAGGGGCUCCUGGCCCCUCUUGAGCAAUUCUCCCCCUUAAAAAUAA